UACUGAGCUCUGUGGGAGAGCAGCCAUACAGUGAGGAAGAGGAUCUCAAGCUGUGAGAAGAGGAGUAGUGGAAUGAAGUUUCACAUGCUUCUGUGAUGCCAAUGGUGAAGCAUCAUUGUUGAUCAAGGAAGACUUCAUGGUAUAGCAGCCAGGAGAGCUGUGGAGGACCCUAGUAGAAGUGGUGGAGCACCAUAGUUGCACGAGGAAACUUCAUGGUGUAGCAGCCUGGAAGAGCUGCGGAGGAUCCUGGUAGAUAAACCCGGAAAAACCUGCAGAGAUCAGGGAGAAUUGCAAACUUUACGUGAAGGACUAGACGGAGGACUUGGAGCACAUGUCAGAGGACAAGGAGUACAUGUCAGAGGACAAGCAGUACAUGUCAGAGGACAAGGAGUACAUGUCAGAGGACAAGCAGUACCUGUCAGAGGACAAGGAGUACAUGUCAGAGGACAAGCAGUACAUGUCAGAGGACAAGGAGUACAUGUCAGAGGACAAGCAGUACAUGUCAGAGGACAAGCAGUACCUGUCAGAGGACAAGGAGCACAUGUCAGAGGACAAGGAGUACAUGUCAGAGGACAAGGAGUACAUGUCAGAGGACAAGGAGCACAUGUCAGAGGACAAGGAGUACAUGUCAGAGGACAAGGAGUACAUGUCAGAGGACAAGCAGUACCUGUCAGAGGACAAGGAGUACAUGUCAGAGGACAAGCAGUACAUGUCAGAGGACAAGGAGUACAUGUCAGAGGACAAGGAGUACAUGUCAGAGGACAAGGAGUACAUGUCAGAGGACAAGCAGUACCUGUCAGAGGACAAGGAGUACAUGUCAGAGGACAAGCAGUACAUGUCAGAGGACAAGGAGUACAUGUCAGAGGACAAGGAGUACAUGUCAGAGGACAAGGAGUACAUGUCAGAGGACAAGCAGUACCUGUCAGAGGACAAGCAGUACAUGUCAGAGGACAAGGAGUACAUGUCAGAGGACAAGCAGUACCUGUCAGAGGACAAGGAGUACAUGUCAGAGGACAAGCAGUACAUGUCAGAGGACAAGGAGUACAUGUCAGAGGACAAGCAGUACAUGUCAGAGGACAAGCAGUACCUGUCAGAGGACAAGGAGUACAUGUCAGAGGACAAGCAGUACAUGUCAGAGGACAAGGAGUACAUGUCAGAGGACAAGGAGUACCUGUCAGAGGACAAGCAGUACCUGUCAGAGGACAAGCAGUACCUGUCAGAGGACAAGGAGCACAUGUCAGAGGACAAGGAGUACAUGUCAGAGGACAAGGAGUACAUGUCAGAGGACAAGGAGCACAUGUCAGAGGACAAGGAGUACAUGUCAGAGGACAAGGAGUACAUGUCAGAGGACAAGCAGUACCUGUCAGAGGACAAGGAGUACAUGUCAGAGGACAAGCAGUACAUGUCAGAGGACAAGGAGUACAUGUCAGAGGACAAGGAGUACCUGUCAGAGGACAAGCAGUACCUGUCAGAGGACAAGCAGUACCUGUCAGAGGACAAGGAGUACAUGUCAGAGGACAAGGAGUACCUGUCAGAGGACAAGCAGUACCUGUCAGAGGACAAGCAGUACCUGUCAGAGGACAAGGAGUACAUGUCAGAGGACAAGCAGUACCUGUCAGAGGACAAGGAGUACAUGUCAGAGGACAAGCAGUACCUGUCAGAGGACAAGCAGUACCUGUCAGAGGACAAGCAGUACAUGUCAGAGGACAAGCAGUACAUGUCAGAGGACGAGCAUGACAUGUCAAGAGGCCAAGAAGUACAUGUCAGAAGACGAGUAGAACAUGUCAUAGGACACAGAGUACAUGUCAAAGGACAAGGAGUACAUGUCAAAGGGCAAACAGGACAUGUCAUUAGUGAGAAGUGUGCCAAAUCGUGGCUUUUUGCCUUUUCUGCAACAGCCGCGAUUUGGCACACUUUCUUUUCCGUCAGCCGCUCUGACUACACCCUUCUGAUGUACAAUAUUUGUCAAAGUGUUAUUAAAUGGUUCCGUUCUAGCGUACAUUAUUUUUCUUCUGGAGAUUAAAGAGCCUUGACCAGUCAUCCCUAAUUUUAGUUACCUCGGCGAUGCACAGUUCUAGUCAUCCCUAGUGUUCAAUGACAUCAUCAGCCGGCCAGUCCUCAACUUCCCUCAAUCAGUCAGUUUUCUAAUGAUUGCAUAUUAAAUUCCAUUUUCAAUUUCUUAUUAUAUAAUCCCAUUUACAAAGAUUGAUUAUUUCUACCAAACAGUCAGUUGAAAGAUUGUAUAUUAAACAUAAGAAUGAAAUUGCAGAAGGACUGCUGGGGACCAUGCAGUAUCUCCUAUUAAUAUCCACCCAUACUCUUUCAUAUAUGCCACCUCUAAGUAAUUAAAUAAUGUUCACAAGAAGUUCUUGUUGUUCUUUUUGUUAUAUACACAAGAAGCACGGAAAUAGCUCAAUGUUCAGAUCACUGUAUUAGCCUAUGUCUUUCCUAAAGAAAUAUAAAAAAUAUCUAAAAAAAUACUCUGUUGUUGUCCCUGUGGGGUAUUUUCCCAGCAGGCAUUUAUAUUUUUUAAUUUAUUUAUAUUUUUAAUUUAUUUAUAUUUUAAUUUAUUUAUAUUUUAAUUUAUUUAUAUUUUUAAUUUAUUUAUAUUUUUAAUUUAUUUAAUUUAUUUUAAUUUAUAAUUAUUACUUCAAAGUGGAGAGUAUUUUAAAAGUUAUCCUGCUGGGUGUUUACCUGAUCACAAGUUUGGGGUGGGGGGUUAUGUACGUUGUCUAUUAAUUAUAUAAUUGAAAAUUAUAAUAAACUACUAAAAUAAUAUUCUAUUGUUAGUACUACAGCUAAAAUAGGUUAAUAAAAUGGGAAUAAUUUACCUCAGCUGUUAAACUGUUAGUAUGAGAGCUGGUCCUCCAACAUCAGGACCAGUUUGAUAGUCCUGAUGUUUGGAUUGCCACAUGUGGUCCGUCCUGGACCUGGAUUAAUGACGGCCCUGUUGUCUUUGUUUGAGCAAGUAAGCGUCUGUGCAGGUUCAUGUAGACGAUAACAGCUCUCUGUGAUUUUUCCAGUUCGUCACACGUUACCUGCCGAAUAUUUACACCUUAACAAUUUUUCAAAAUUUAUUAUUGUCAAUAAAUGUGACUUAAAAUAAUGAAGAUUGUGUUAUUAUUAAAACCAGGCUCAACCUCGUUUUGUUGUUGUUAGGCAGUAUAACCAUAGCAGUAAAUUACACAAUGAAAUAAGAGCUCUACAAAUCAUUUAGUAUGGAUAUAAUGCCUUCCCUGUUUGAUGGAUGAGGUCGCUGUGGCAAGAUCACUGUUGGGCGAUCUAUAUAUGAGAUCUUUGUAGUGUUGCGUUGUGCCGACCUCUCUCUGGAAGCCUAUGUUUACAUUCUAUGUCGGAGCUGGCACUCCCUCUCUCUUGACAUUCUGAAAAUAUGGUUCUAAUUUCCUGUCUUAUUGACUUAGGGACAUAGACUUUAGUUUUAUUGUUAAUUAUAUUAGAACCAGUCAUAGAGAA